GGUACUGGGAUGAUGCUGGGAGAAUUUAUGUGGUAACUGGGAGGGACUGGAGUGAUACUGGGGGAGGAGGGGGGGUACUGGGUAAAUCCUAGGAGGAUACUGGGACUUACUGAGCAGUAUUCUUUGUGCGUGUGUGUGUGUGUGUCUGUGUGGUGUUGUACUGGAGAAGUACUGGUGGGGCUGGGAAGGGAUGCUGGGAUGUAAUUGGACGUAUGGGGAUAUACUGGGACAUACUGGGACAUACUGUGGGGGGGGUGUAUUGUGUCCCGAAGCAGGACCAGAACCGCCCUGAGUCUGCACUGUCAUCCCCUGACUCGGAGACCACAGAGAGAGCCCUUUCCAGUGCCACCAUGCCCGAUGUGGAGAUGGCCGAAUUUGGGGAGGCCGCCCCCUAUCUCCGCAAGUCGGAGAAGGAACGGUUGGCUGCCCAGACCCGCCCCUUCGACCUGAAGAAGGACAUCUUCGUCCCUGAUGAAAAGGAAGAAUAUGUCAAGGCUACCAUUGUCAGCCGUGAGGGCUCCAAGAUCACUGCUGAGACCGAACAUGGCAAGACAGUGACGGUCAAGGAGGACCAGAUCAUGCAGCAGAACCCCCCCAAGUUUGACAAGAUCGAGGACAUGGCCAUGCUGACUUUCCUCCAUGAGCCCGCCGUCCUCUACAACCUCAAGGACCGCUACGCAUCUUGGAUGAUCUAUACUUAUUCAGGGCUCUUCUGCGUGACUGUCAACCCCUACAAGUGGUUGCCCGUCUACAAUGCCGAGGUGGUGGCUGCCUACCGGGGAAAGAAGAGGAGCGAAGCUCCACCCCACAUCUUCUCCAUCUCUGACAAUGCCUACCAGAACAUGCUGACAGAUCGGGAGAACCAAUCCAUCCUCAUCACCGGAGAAUCCGGGGCGGGGAAGACAGUGAACACCAAGAGGGUCAUCCAGUAUUUUGCUGUCAUCGCUGCCAUUGGCGACCGUGGCAAGAAGGAGGCGGGGGCCCCGGGCAAGGGCACCCUGGAGGACCAGAUCAUCCAGGCCAACCCUGCCUUGGAAGCCUUUGGCAAUGCCAAAACUGUCCGGAAUGACAACUCAUCCCGAUUAGGGAAGUUCAUCCGGAUCCAUUUUGGGGCCACUGGAAAGUUGGCAUCAGCUGACAUUGAGACCUACCUCCUGGAGAAGUCCCGUGUCAUCUUCCAGCUAAAGGCUGAAAGAAACUACCACAUUUACUACCAGAUCCUCUCCAAUAAGAAGCCAGAGCUGCUGGACAUGAUGCUGGUGACCAACAACCCCUAUGACUAUGCCUUCAUCUCCCAAGGAGAGACCACAGUUCCAUCCAUUGAUGAUGCAGAGGAGCUCCUGGCCACAGAUAGUGCCUUUGAUGUCCUGGGCUUCACCCCAGAGGAGAAAAACUCCAUCUAUAAACUGACGGGCGCCAUCAUGCACUUCGGCAACAUGAAGUUCAAGCAGAAACAACGGGAAGAGCAGGCAGAACCAGAUGGCACAGAAGAGGCAGACAAGUCAGCUUACCUAAUGGGGCUGAACUCAGCUGAUCUUCUCAAGGGGUUGUGCCACCCUCGGGUCAAGGUGGGCAAUGAGUAUGUCACCAAGGGGCAGAAUGUCCAGCAGGUGAUUUAUGCUGUCGGAGCCUUGGCCAAAGCUGUGUAUGAGAAGAUGUUCAACUGGAUGGUGACCAGGAUCAACAAUUCACUGGAGACCAAGCAGCCACGGCAAUACUUCAUUGGUGUGCUGGACAUUGCUGGCUUUGAAAUCUUUGAUUUCAACAGCUUCGAGCAGCUCUGCAUCAACUUCACCAACGAGAAACUGCAACAGUUUUUCAACCACCACAUGUUUGUGCUGGAGCAGGAGGAAUACAAGAAGGAGGGCAUUGAGUGGGAGUUCAUUGACUUUGGCAUGGACCUCCAGGCCUGCAUUGACCUCAUUGAGAAGCCCAUGGGAAUCAUGUCCAUCCUGGAGGAGGAGUGCAUGUUUCCCAAGGCCACGGACAUGACCUUCAAGGCCAAGCUCUUUGAUAAUCACCUGGGCAAGUCAGCCAACUUUGGGAAGCCACGAAACAUCAAGGGGAAGCAAGAGGCUCACUUUGCCCUUGUCCACUAUGCUGGCACAGUGGACUACAACAUCAUUGGGUGGCUGCAGAAGAACAAGGACCCCCUCAAUGAGACAGUGGUGGGGCUCUACCAGAAAUCAGCCCUGAAGCUCUUGGCCAACCUCUUUGCCAACUAUGCUGGGGCUGAUGCACCUGUGGAGAAGGGAAAAGGAGCUAAGAAGAAAGGUUCCUCCUUCCAAACUGUCUCUGCCCUGCAUCGGGAGAAUCUCAACAAGUUGAUGACCAACCUGCGGUCUACCCACCCUCAUUUCGUCCGCUGUAUCAUCCCCAAUGAGACCAAGUCUCCUGGUGUGAUGAACAACCCCCUGGUAAUGCACCAGCUCCGCUGCAAUGGGGUGCUAGAAGGCAUCCGCAUCUGCCGCAAGGGCUUCCCCAACCGCAUCCUCUAUGGGGACUUCCGCCAGCGGUACCGCAUCCUGAACCCUGCUGCCAUCCCUGAGGGGCAGUUCAUUGACAGCCGCAAGGGUGCUGAGAAGCUCCUGGGAUCCCUUGAUAUUGACCACAACCAGUACAAAUUUGGACACACCAAGGUGUUCUUCAAGGCUGGGCUGCUGGGGCUGCUGGAGGAGAUGAGGGAUGAGCGUCUGGCCCGGAUCAUGACCCGCUUGCAGGCCCAAGUCCGUGGUUUCUUGUCCCGUCAAGAGUUCAAGAAGAUUCUAGAGCGCAGGGACUCAUUGUUGGUGAUCCAGUGGAACAUCAGGGCCUUCAUGGGGGUGAAGAACUGGCCUUGGAUGAAGCUCUACUUCAAGAUCAAGCCCUUGUUGAAGAGUGCCGAGACAGAGAAAGAGAUGCAGAACAUGAAGGAAGAGUUUGGGCGGCUGAAAGAGGCCUUAGAGAAGUCAGAAGCCCGGCGGAAGGAGCUGGAGGAGAAGAUGGUCUCCAUGCUGCAGGAGAAGAAUGACCUUCAGCUCCAAGUGCAGGCUGAGCAAGACAACCUGGCUGAUGCUGAGGAGCGCUGUGACCAGCUGAUCAAGAACAAGAUACAGCUGGAGGCCAAGGUGAAAGAGAUGACUGAGAGGAUGGAGGAUGAGGAAGAGAUGAAUGCUGAGUUGACAGCAAAGAAGAGGAAGCUGGAGGAUGAAUGCUCAGAGCUGAAGAAGGACAUUGAUGACCUGGAGUUGUCUUUAGCCAAGGUGGAAAAGGAGAAACACGCCACUGAGAACAAGGUCAAGAACCUCACAGAGGAGAUGGCCGGGCUGGAUGAGAUCAUUGUCAAGCUAACAAAGGAGAAGAAGGCCCUGCAAGAAUCUCACCAGCAAGCACUGGAUGACCUGCAAGCUGAGGAAGACAAGGUCAACACCCUGACAAAGGCCAAAGUCAAGCUGGAACAGCAAGUGGAUGAUCUGGAGAGUUCAUUGGAGCAGGAGAAGAAGGUCCGGAUGGACCUGGAACGGGCCAAAAGGAAGCUGGAAGGUGAUCUGAAGCUGGCUCAGGAGAAUAUAAUGGACCUGGAGAAUGACAAGCAACAAUUGGAUGAGAGGCUGAAAAAGAAAGACUUUGAGCUCAAUGCCCUCAAUGCCAGAAUUGAGGACGAGCAAGCAGUUGCAGCCCAGCUCCAGAAGAAGCUCAAAGAGCUUCAGGCGCGGAUUGAGGAGCUGGAAGAGGAGCUGGAAGCAGAGCGGACAGGCAGAGCCAAGGUGGAGAAGCUGCGCUCAGACCUGUCACGGGAGCUGGAGGAGAUCAGUGAGCGGCUGGAGGAGGCGGGUGGUGCCACGUCAGUGCAGAUCGAGCUCAACAAGAAGCGGGAGGCAGAGUUCCAGAAGAUGCGGCGGGAUCUGGAGGAGGCCACGCUGCAGCACGAGGCCACGGCCGCUGCGCUGCGCAAGAAGCACGCCGACAGCGUGGCCGAGCUCAGCGAACAGAUCGACAACUUACAGCGCGUCAAGCAGAAGCUGGAGAAGGAGAAGAGUGAGCUCAAGCUGGAGCUGGAUGAUGUUGGUUCCAACAUGGAGCAGCUGAUAAAGGCCAAGGCCAACCUGGAGAAGAUGUGCCGCACCAUGGAAGAUCAGAUGAAUGAGCACCGGACUAAGUCCGAAGAAGCUCAACGCAUGGUCAAUGACCUCACAACUCAACGAGCCAAGCUCCAGACUGAAAAUGGUGAGCUCUCCAGGCAGCUGGAGGAGAAGGAAGCCUUCAUCAACCAGAUGACACGAGGGAAACUCACCUACACACAACAGCUGGAGGACCUCAAGAGGCAGCUAGAGGAAGAAGUCAAGGCCAAGAAUGCACUGGCCCAUGCCCUCCAGUCAGCCCGGCAUGACUGUGACCUGCUCAGGGAGCAGUAUGAGGAGGAGACAGAGGCCAAGGCUGAGCUCCAGCGCUCGCUCUCCAAGGCCAAUUCUGAGGUGGCACAGUGGAGGACCAAGUAUGAGACAGAUGCCAUCCAGCGCACUGAGGAGCUGGAGGAGGCCAAGAAGAAGCUGGCCCAGCGGCUGCAGGAGGCUGAGGAAGCAGUGGAGGCGGUCAAUGCCAAGUGUUCUUCCCUGGAGAAGACCAAGCACCGGCUGCAAAAUGAGAUUGAAGAUCUCAUGGCAGACCUGGAGCGAUCAAAUGCAGCAGCUGCUGCAUUGGACAAGAAGCAGAGAAACUUCGACAAGAUCUUGUCUGAGUGGAAGCAGAAGUUUGAAGAGUCACAGGUGGAGCUGGAAGCAUCGCAGAAAGAGGCCAGAUCCCUCAGCACUGAGCUCUUCAAGCUGAAAAACGCUUAUGAGGAGUCGCUUGAUCAUUUAGAAACUUUAAAGAGGGAAAACAAGAAUCUCCAAGAGGAGAUCUCGGACCUGACGGAGCAGCUGGGUGGCAGCCACAAGACCAUCCAUGAACUGGAGAAGGUCCGGAAGCAGCUGGAUGCCGAGAAACUGGAGCUCCAGGCUGCACUGGAAGAGGCUGAGGCGUCUCUGGAGCAUGAGGAGGGAAAGAUCCUGAGGGCCCAGCUGGAGUUCAACCAAGUGAAGGCAGACUAUGAGCGCAAGCUGGCCGAGAAGGAUGAGGAGAUGGAGCAGGCCAAGCGCAACCACCUGCGGGUGGUGGACUCGCUGCAGACCUCGCUGGACGCCGAGACCCGGAGCCGCAACGAGGCCCUGAGGCUGAAGAAGAAGAUGGAGGGUGACCUCAAUGAGAUGGAGAUCCAGCUCAGCCAUGCGAACCGUGUGGCUGCUGAGGCUCAGAAGCAAGUCAAGACAUUGCAGGGAUGCCUCAAGGACACCCAACUGCAGCUGGAUGACAUGGUACGGGUCAAUGAGGACCUGAAGGAGAAUAUUGCCAUUGUGGAGAGGAGAAACAACCUUCUCCAGUCAGAGCUGGAGGAGCUGCGGGCAGUUGUGGAACAGACUGAGAGGGCCCGCAAGUUGGCUGAGCAGGAGCUGAUUGAGGCCAGUGAGAGGGUCCAGCUUCUCCACUCACAGAACACCAGCCUCAUCAAUCAGAAGAAGAAGAUGGAGGCUGACAUCUCCCAGCUGCAGACAGAGGUGGAAGAGGCCAUCCAGGAGUGCAGGAAUGCUGAGGAGAAGGCCAAGAAAGCCAUCACUGAUGCGGCCAUGAUGGCAGAGGAGCUGAAGAAGGAGCAGGACACCAGCGCCCACCUGGAGCGGAUGAAGAAGAACAUGGAGCAGACCAUCAAGGACCUGCAGAUGAGACUGGAUGAGGCCGAGCAGUUGGCCCUGAAAGGGGGCAAGAAGCAGCUGCAGAAGCUGGAGGCUCGUGUGCGGGAGCUGGAGAAUGAGCUGGAGGCUGAGCAGAAGCGCCAUGCUGAGAGUGUCAAGGGUCUCCGCAAAUCUGAGCGCCGCGUCAAAGAGCUCAGCUACCAGACGGAAGAGGACCGCAAGAACCUGGUCCGGCUCCAGGACCUUGUGGACAAGCUCCAAAUGAAAGUCAAGUCCUACAAGCGACAGGCAGAGGAGGCGGAGGAGCAGGCCAACUCCAACCUGGCCAAGUUCCGCAAGGCGCAGCAUGAGCUGGAUGAGGCAGAGGAGCGUGCCGACAUCGCCGAGUCCCAGGUCAACAAGCUGAGGGCCAAGAGCCGCGACAUUGGAGCCAAGAAGGGGCUCAAUGAAGAGUGAAGCUCUGGAUCCCAAACAAUAUUCCCUGGACCUCCAAGUGGCCCACCCCCACUCCCAGCCCCCUAACCUUGGUCAGUCAAUAAAAAGCAUUGAGCAGCA